UCCAAAUUGCUCAUCCUUCGAUAUUAUUAUUGAUACAGAGGAGGAAGACUCAGAAUCUUCAUCCUCAAACCCUAGAUUCCUUAACGAAAUGGCGAUGGAGAUCUCGGUAGAUCUGAUAAACCAACUCAAGGUCUCGCUUCGAAAGGAGGCCAAGCUCACCUCCGUCGACGAUUGCUCGGACUCAUCCUUCCCCAGCCUUCCCACAUCCGAGGAGGCAAUCGCAGAACUUGAUGCUUCAGCUCCGUACCUUCGUUGCCGAAACUGCAAAGGAAAACUUUUACGAGGAAUCGAGUCUCUGAUCUGUGUCUUCUGUGGAAAUCAGCAACGCACGAGUGAUAAUCCUCCUGAUCCCAUCAAAUUUACUUCCACUUCUGCUUACAAAUGGUUUCUCACCUCUCUUAAUCUCGAUGGAUCGGUAAAAGUCGAUACCUUUCUCACUAAUUUGUAAUUACUUGUUUUCCUAGCUGAUUGUGUAUUAGUCAGAUGUAGAAUGUGGUGUGUUGUGUCUUCAAAAAAACGAACUUUUCAUCUGUAGGAGAUGGUAGAGCCACUAAAGGAAACGGAUGGGUCAAGCAGAGGAGCUACUAAGGCACCGCCUUCAAAAGGAAUUGCUUUGUCUAAGUUUCUUGAUUUGGAAAUACAAUGGUCUGCAUUAGAGGAGAAGUCUGAUGAUGGACAAUCAGUACAGAAGAAAAACCCUCUGAAUCUAGGCGGGAUUAAUCUUGAUGAUUAUUUCGUUGAGCGGAGAGGAGAUCUUUCCAAAGUGGAGCAGGCAGAGAGUAAACCUGUGGAGGAUGAUGAUUUUAAGGAUCCACGUAGUCUUAGCUUAUUCGAUAGUGUAAAGAGUCAGGGAGUUGUUGGAUCGCAACAGCAUGAUAAUGUUGGUUUGUUUGAUAAAAAAGAUGCACCUAAGAGUGUUGUUUCUUCUGGGGAACAUGAGAAUCUUAGUUUGUUUGCUGGACGAGAUGCGCAGGAAAGUGUUUCUUUCGCAGCGCAGGGAAACUAGGAGAAAGAUGCUCGGAACUCUUUUAAAGAGGAUGAAAACCUUAGUUUGUUUGAG